UCCUCACCCUUUCCCCUGCAAAAAGGCAGAGAGGAGAGAGCGGUGAGACGGAGAGGUUGUUUCUCAAGGAGCUCCAGCUCCUCCGCUCGCGUGUGCGCGAGGCAACUCCGAAGCCAAGGAAGCCAGAGGGUUUGGGGCGCUGGGAAGGCGAGGCAAAAGAAGGACCAAGACCAGGAGGACGAAGAGUUGCUGCAAGCAGCAAGAACCAGGACCAGGGCAAGCGGCGUGGUUCGGGAGACCUGCCGACACACUUCGCCGGGGAGAUGCAGCACUCCGAAGGCGGCAACCCCGCCUCUUCCCGCGAAGAAACAUCACCAGAGCCUGGAGCGCGGGACUCCCCAACCACCCCGCCUGGGCACGAGAAGGACUCGCGCCCCCAGCGCCGUCAGCGCCGCCGACGCCGCCGCCGCCAGCAGCACCACCAGCCGCCCGGCAACAUGAGCACUUCCGGUUUCACUUCCCCCAACCCCUCAGCAGCAGCAGCAGCUCAGGAGGUCAGACCUGCCACUGAUGGUAGCAGCAGCAGCAGCAGCAGUGGUGGCGGCGGUGGCGCCUCAUCUUCUUCCAAGAAAAGAAAGCUAAAUAGUAAUAGCAGCAGCACUGAUAGAGAAGAGGUUGAAUCCAUCACCUCCUGCUCCUCCGUUCUUCCCAGAAAUAACUCUUCCACAUCCUCUAUUGCUGCUACUACUACUACCACAACCAUCACCACCACCCCUGCCACCUCUGCCUCCUGUUCCUCCUCAUCAGGAGCUGCCUCUUCCAACCAUUACCUGCAGAAGAAGUUGCGCUUUGAGGACUCCUUGGAUUAUUUUGGACUUGAUGCGAAGAUGGCUGAAGAGUCUUCCUCCUCCUCUUCCUCCUCGUCACCUGCUGCCUCUUCUCAGCAGCACCACCAGCAGCAGUUCAAAAACAAAAGCCUCUUAAUUUCCUCAGCUGUGGGACACCACGCAAAUGGCCUGACCAAAGCUGCCUCUUCCACUGUCUCCAGUUUUGCCAACAGUAAACCUGGGUCAGCCAAGAAGUUAGUGAUCAAGAACUUUAAAGAUAAACCUAAACUGCCUGAAAAUUACACAGAUGAAACCUGGCAAAAACUGAAGGAAGCUGUAGAAGCUAUUCAGAACAGUACUUCAAUUAAGUACAACUUAGAAGAGCUCUAUCAGGCUGUUGAAAAUCUCUGCUCAUAUAAGAUUUCUGCAAAUUUGUACAAGCAGCUAAGACAGAUUUGUGAAGACCAUAUCAAAGCACAGAUCCAUCAGUUCAGAGAGGAUUCAUUGGACAGUGUUCUUUUUCUCAAGAAAAUAGACAAAUGUUGGCAAGACCACUGCAGACAAAUGAUAAUGAUUAGAAGUAUCUUUUUGUUCCUGGAUCGAACAUACGUUCUUCAAAAUUCAAUGCUGCCAUCAAUUUGGGAUAUGGGGCUAGAAUUGUUUAGGACUCAUAUAAUUAGCGAUCAGAAGGUCCAAAACAAGACCAUUGAUGGCAUCCUUUUGUUGGUUGAGCGAGAGAGGAGCGGCGAGGCUAUUGACAGGAGCCUUCUUCGCAGCCUUCUCAGCAUGCUUUCAGAUCUUCAGAUUUAUCAGGAUUCUUUUGAACAUAAAUUCUUAGAAGAAACAAAUCGCCUAUAUGCAGCGGAAGGACAGAGGCUUAUGCAAGAAAGAGAGGUUCCAGAGUACCUCCAUCAUGUCAACAAACGCUUGGAAGAAGAAGCAGACAGGAUUAUCACCUACUUGGAUCAAAGCACUCAGAAACCACUAAUUGCUACUGUAGAAAAGCAGCUGCUAGGUGAACAUUUAACAGCCAUUCUACAGAAAGGUUUAAAUCACCUUUUGGAUGAAAAUCGAAUUCAGGAUUUGUCUCUAUUGUAUCAGUUGUUCAGUAGGGUGAAAAAUGGAGUGCAAGCUCUCUUGCAGCAAUGGAUUGAAUAUAUAAAGGCAUUCGGCAGCACCAUAGUAAUCAAUCCAGAAAAAGACAAAACCAUGGUACAAGAGCUACUAGACUUCAAGGAUAAAGUUGAUCAUAUAAUUGACAUUUGCUUUUUGAAGAACGAGAAGUUUGUUAAUGCCAUGAAAGAAGCCUUUGAGACCUUCAUCAACAAAAGACCAAAUAAACCAGCUGAGCUUAUAGCUAAGUAUGUGGAUUCAAAGCUUCGUGCAGGUAACAAAGAGGCUACUGAUGAAGAGCUCGAAAAGAUGUUGGAUAAAAUUAUGAUUAUAUUUAGGUUUAUUUAUGGAAAAGAUGUUUUUGAGGCCUUUUACAAAAAAGAUUUAGCAAAGCGGCUAUUAGUCGGCAAAAGUGCAUCAGUCGAUGCUGAAAAAUCUAUGCUUUCCAAGCUCAAACAUGAAUGUGGAGCUGCUUUCACCAGUAAACUUGAAGGAAUGUUUAAAGACAUGGAGCUUUCUAAAGACAUCAUGAUACAGUUUAAGCAGUAUAUGCAAAAUCAGAAUGUACCUGGUAACAUUGAACUCACCGUGAACAUCUUGACUAUGGGUUAUUGGCCAACCUAUGUGCCUAUGGAGGUGCACUUGCCACCAGAGAUGGUGAAACUGCAAGAGAUAUUCAAGACAUUUUAUUUGGGAAAGCACAGUGGCAGAAAACUUCAGUGGCAAUCAACAUUAGGACACUGUGUACUCAAAGCAGAAUUUAAAGAGGGGAAAAAGGAGCUGCAGGUUUCGUUAUUCCAGACUUUAGUGCUGCUUAUGUUUAAUGAAGGUGAAGAAUUCAGUUUAGAGGAGAUAAAACAAGCUACUGGAAUAGAGGAUGGAGAGCUCCGACGAACCCUCCAGUCAUUAGCCUGUGGCAAGGCCAGAGUGCUAACAAAAAGCCCCAAAGGCAAAGAUGUGGAAGAUGGUGACAAAUUUACCUGCAAUGAUGACUUCAGGCAUAAGCUAUUCAGGAUAAAAAUCAAUCAGAUCCAGAUGAAAGAAACGGUGGAGGAACAAGCAAGCACUACAGAGAGAGUCUUUCAGGAUCGUCAGUACCAAAUUGAUGCUGCAAUUGUGAGAAUCAUGAAAAUGCGCAAGACGUUGAGCCACAAUCUGCUCGUGUCUGAAGUAUACAACCAGCUUAAAUUCCCAGUAAAGCCCGCGGACCUUAAGAAGAGAAUAGAGUCGUUGAUUGACAGAGACUACAUGGAAAGAGACAAGGAGAACCCGAACCAGUACAACUACAUUGCAUAAACACACAAUGGGCCUUUCUUUCUUUCCUUUUCUGCACACUUGAUGUUCUACUUGGUUGCUGAUGGAUAAGCAAACCUGUUGAUCCCAUUAAAUUAACUUUUUCUACUA